AUGCCCCACGACCUCUCCGACUACCCGACUGUCAUCCUCGUCCACGGCCUCUUCUCGAAUGGUGGACACUGGUGGAAGACGAUCCUCGCGCUCAAGGACAAGGGCUACGGCAUCGACCAGAUCAACGCCGUCGACAUCCCUCUGACGUCGAUCGAGGACGAUGUUGCCGUCGUCAAGCGUGCGAUCGAGGCCACUCCCGGCGACGUGAUCCUCGUCGGCCACUCGUAUGCCGGAGUUGUCAUCUCCUACGCCGGCACGGACAUCAAGAAGGUGCGCGGCCUGGUGUACAUUGCCGCGAUCGUGCCCGACGCUGGCGAGAGUGUCUCGGACAUUCUGGCCUGGGACCCCGCCAAGUGCGCCGACGCGAUCAAGCCCACGUCCCAGGGCCUGCUCUACAUCCCGCCGAACGAGUACAAGCACGCCAUGUGCCAGGACGCGACUGCCGACGAGGCCUUCACCUUCGCGACCUCCCAGAAGCCCCCCAAGCAGGGCCUCGUCACUGAGAAGUCGGGCAACAAGCCUGCCUGGAAGAAUCAGCCCUGCUACUACGCCGUCUCCAAGGACGACCACCUCGUCUCCCCCGCUACGCAGUACAAGCUCGUCCAGCGCAUGCCGACCAACAAGACCAUCGAGCUCCUCGCCUCCCACGCCUCCAUGAACUCGCACCCCCAGGAGAUCGCCGACCUCAUCCUCUCCGCUGCCAAGGCUGCCGCCGCCUCUGCCAAGUAA